AUGUCGUAUGGGGAUGAUAGACCUUCCUUGUCAGCUAUAUUUUUACAUCAAUUGUGGAUGCCUGCCAUUCUCUUUGCCAGGCUUAUGGUUGAACUGAAAAGCCUUAACUGCUCUUACAGCUUCUGGAUUGCGGUGGUCGUAAAUUACAAAGACUUGGCACUUACAGAAUAUGCUAGAGUGGGAAGAGCAAUAGCCUUGUAUGAGGUUGGUGACAGGGGCCAGGCAAUAGCGGAGAUGGAGGAUGUUUCAAUAUCUUUAAAAGGAUAUCCAGGGGGGGGUUCAGAAGUGCAUGCAGCUCUAGCGGCAGCUCUAUAUGUGGAUAAGCAUGCUCUACUGCUGGCAGAAAACCAAUUUACAAUCGCAACUCUUCUUGAUCCUCACUAUACAGACCUCUCGUACGUAAGAGAAACAAAGCAUUGGCCUCCGAGUUUGGUUAGUUCUUUGGAACAUUUUAUCACACUUUCAUAGGCUCCGUAAGUUAUAUGCAACUUGUCAAUCAACACUCAUGUAUUGUAGCCUUGUAUGUCUCUUUGGUUACUAUUUCUCUUAUAUGAAAGAAGUUUGUUGCUACUACAAUUCUUUAUGUACCAAUGCAAUACCUUCUACAUCAAACUGAUAUGUAGAAGUAGAAAUAUAUGAAUUUUUUUUUUUAUGUUUCGACCCUUUUAAAUCAAAAGGUUAGGCACCUAUCGGGGG